AUGCAGGAGGAAGAGACAUACACCUCUCUUCAGUGGGAUAAUCCAGCACCAAACCCUUACCAGAAACAUCUGUCUUCCACCAAAAAUUCAGGAACGUGGUGUCUCGUGACAGUGGUUUUAUGUAUCUUCUGCAUAGGCUCAUUAGCAACCUCCAUUUUCUUGGGUGUCAAGUUGCUCCAGGUGUCCACUACUGCAAUGAAGCAGCAAGAAAAACUCAUCCAAUGGGACAGAGUACUGCUCAACUUCACACAGUGGAAGAGAAACCAUGGCCUCCAGAUGAAAUAUUGCCAAACAUUGAGGCAGAAGUCUUUCAGUUCAGCCCAUAACUGCAGCCCUUGUCCAGACAACUGGAUUCAGAAUGGAGAAAGGUAUUACCAUGUCUUUGAAAACUGGACAAUUUGACACACCAGUAGAGAGGAUUGUUUGAAGGAGGGAUCUAAGCUUCUACAAAUAGACAGCAAAGAAGAAAUGGACUUUAUCACUGGCAGCCUGAGGUAGAUCAAAAGAAGCUAUGAUUACUGGGUGGGACUGUCUCAGGAUGGGUCCAGCCAACCUUGGCUUUGGCAAGACGGCUCCUCUCCUUCCCCUGAUCUGGACCCCCAAUCAACUAACCAGGUCUGUGGAUACCUCAGAAACAACGGCCUUUCUUCCGCUAACUGCAGCAUUUGGAAAUAUUUCAUCUGUGAGAAAUACGCAUUAAGAUCUUCUACCUGA